AGCAGGGGGUAGAGCUGCAGUUUGUGUUACAUCUGCCUCAGGUAGUAGGAUGGUAACAUCACACUUGCCUGCCAUUCAAUACUGCAUUUAUCUCUGUUACAAUACAAAAUGACAAGUGCAAUAACUGAAUAACAAUAACAGUCCGGUUGGGAAGAAACUGUGCACUGUAAUACAGUCACCCUAUUGGAAAUGUAUAUCCUGCCAAUAUGAAAACUGAUAAUGAGGAAAUAAAUUGUUUACAGUCCACAUAGUAUUUCCUGGCCCUCACUAUGACCAUUUAAUCCCUGCCACAAACAAUAAAUAGAACUCUUUUCAUCUUCAGUGUGCUUUACAAACAAUUAAUGGGAACAGCUGCUAGCCAGACUUAAAAUGACACCUGUUCUUUGACCUAGGAUGGCACCUUGCAGUGUUGUCUCCACAGCAGUGUUCGCUCAAGGUUCAGUGUGGUGACUUCCCUCAUCUGUUAGUGUAUGGACCAUCUGGAGCUGGAAAAAAGACCAGGAUAAUGUGUUUGUUAAGGGAGCUGUAUGGUGGAGGAGUGGAGAAACUGAGAAUUGAACAUCAGAGCAUAACAACACCCUCUAAAAAGAAAAUUGAAAUUAGCACCAUUGCAAGCAAUUAUCAUCUUGAAGUUAACCCAAGUGAUGCAGGAAACAGUGACCGUGUGGUAAUUCAGGAGCUAUUGAAGACAGUAGCACAAUCCCAACAACUUGAGACAAGUACUCAAAGAGAUUUUAAAGUGGUGCUGCUGACAGAAGUUGAUAAACUUACUAAAGAUGCUCAGCAUGCGUUGCGAAGAACCAUGGAGAAGUAUAUGGCCACCUGCAGAUUGAUCCUGUGUUGCAAUUCCGUUUCAAAAAUCAUUGCACCUAUUCAAAGCAGAUGUCUGGCAGUGCGAGUGCCUGCUCCCAGUAUUGAAGAUAUCUGUCAUGUGUUGUCCAGUGUGUGCAAGAAGGAGGGGCUGACUCUUCCUCAGGAUCUGGCUCGUAGGCUAGCAGAAAAGUCUGGCAGAAAUCUUCGGAAGGCACUGCUUAUGUGUGAGGCUUGCAGAGUCCAGCAGUAUCCUUUCACUUCAGAUCAGGACAUCCCUGAGACAGACUGGGAGGUAUAUCUGAGAGAGACUGCAAAUGCUAUUGUCAGUCAGCAGACUCCCCAGAGGUUACUUGAAGUUCGUGGACGGCUUUAUGAACUCUUAACCCACUGCAUUCCUCCUGAGAUAAUAAUGAAGGGCCUUUUGUCAGAACUUCUAAAUAAUUGUGAUGGGCAACUAAAAGGAGAGGUUGCACAGAUGGCAGCCUUCUAUGAGCAUCGACUGCAACUGGGCAGCAAAGCCAUUUAUCAUCUGGAAGCAUUUGUGGCAAAGUUUAUGGCACUUUAUAAGAAGUUUAUGGAGGAUGGACUAGAAGACAUGAUGUUCUAAGACAUCACUGAACUUACAUAGUAUAAUAUGUCACAACAUUGAAAGUUCUGCUAAUAACAUAGGCUACUCCUAUGAGACUUAUGUUGUACAAGCCAUAGGUCAAAGUCAAUAAAAUCUCAUUUACUUCA